AUGCUGCGGAGGAGCUACCGAUGGUUGGAUGCCCAGCCACGGAAAGUCCCUGUUCGCAGAGCAGUGUUGCCGACCAAGCCGGGUUCCGCCGGGUGCGACCCCACUCCGGCGACGGCGGCGGCUACCCGGCCUCCCGAUGGUGGCGUCGUCGUCGAAGCCGCGAGCGCCAAGAUCCCGCCGAGCCUCAUGCAGAAAGCGACGUGCUUUCGUCCGCCGAUCUCCAGGCGCCGUCCGCUAGGGUGGCCUUCCACCUUGGCGACUCCUCCACCUCCGAAGUGCCGCGACCCCACUCCGGCGACGGCGGCGGCUACGCGGCCUCCUGAUGGUGGCGUCCUCGUCGAAGCCGCGAGCGCCAAGAUCCCGCCGGGCCUCAUGCAGAAGGCGACUCUCUUUCGUCCCCCGAUCUUCAAGCGUCGUCCGCUACGGUGGCCUUCCACCUUGGCCACUCCACCGCCGAAGUGCGACCUCGACGUCCAAGUCGGGAGUUGCCGCCUCAUGCCUCCCCGCUCUCUUGCUGUGCUUCCAGCAGACAGGUCGAGCGACCAUGGCUUCACUUCGCCUGCCAGCGGCGACAUCUCCCUCGCAGGCUGCUCCAAGGAAGAGCAAGUCCCGCCAGCAAAAGACACGACUUUUUCCCAUCCUCGAGUUCAAAGAAAGGUGAACACCCAGCUGAUUCCUCUUGCGAGUCAUGAUACAUUUGAUGAACACCCAGGGCCAUACAAUGGCAGUGUUCAGAGACAAAUGAAGGCGUUUGGGGUGCAUGGUGUGCACUUCACUUCUCUCCAGAAGCCUACCCGCUCUCUUGCUGCGCUUCGAGCCAGGUUGAGCCAAGGUGUCACUUCUCCUACCAGUGGCGACACCCUCCUCCCUGGCGAAUGUUUGUGCUUGAAAGAAAUUGAUCAAGUCCCGCCAACAAAAUACACCAGCUUUUCUCAUCCUUCAGAAAAAAAAAGAAACUACUACACUACACAGAUGAUGUCUCUAGCAAAUCUUGAUAUAUUUGAUGAAAACCAAGGUCUUGCGAAGAUGAUUAUUGUAGAGCAGCCAAGAUCUUGCAAAGAUGAUUAUUUCAGAGCAGCAACCACCAUGGUUCCAGAGAAUGAGAAGCUGUCCCCGAAGUGUACUUCUUCCACUGAUCCAUCACAGAACAUCUUCUCUGGGCACUUCUAUGCUGAAGACAUAAUUUCUAUUUCUGAAAGAAAGCUGUUUCCAGAGCAUGGUGUGAAGAUCACCUCUCCUCAAGAACCAUGCAAGUACUUGAUGAGAUCUCCCGUGGAUGAAUUUGACAGAGCAAGCAAACUGUCCGCAGAAGUUGGUGCAGAUGCUCUGAUCCAGAAGCGAUCGAAGAAGUUAUUCUCAGCUCAACAGUUUGAUGGAAGUGUGAGACCAAAAAUGGUCCAGAACUGGGGAAGCAAGACAAUAGCAUAUGGCAUAUCAAGACGGUGCUUUUCAACAGGCCCGGCUGAUCAUAACACACCUCUGUCACCACUUCCUCCCCCUCCUGAUAAUCUAUUGGAAGUAGUGCGGCCCUUUACCGAGUCUGAGACAAAACCUUUCUAUAUUCAAGUUGUUCCUGCAGAGGCUUUCAUUCAGGCUGUCAAGACUGAUAACACAGUUGUUACAGAUGCAUUGGAAUCUAGCUCUCUUGAGAAGAUCUAUCAUCAACUGGUCAGACCAGCACUACUGCCCAGAGGGAUGCUAUUCCCAUAUAAAUUGCAUGAUAAAAGGACUAAACCUGUACACAACAGGUUUAAGAAGAUCACCCAGAAAUAUCCAAUCUAUAUGACCAGUGUGGAUAUCAUGGUAGCUCUCAUAACAACGGAAAGAAAUAAAUGGUUACCGUUGCUUGAUGAUUUAAGCAAGAAGCACAUAUAUGUGAUUGAAGACUGGAAUCAGAGGUUCUAUACAUCCACAGGGUACACCAUACAGGACUACGGUCUACGAGUUGGACCCAAUAAAGGAAAAGGGUACUAUCGUGGGGAAUGUGAUGGUUCAUUCAACCAUAAGACGCGCUUAGCCAAAAUAACAGCAAAAAUAUGGCUUGAUGAUCAAAUUGUUUGCUGCGCUGUUUGCUAUGACAUUCCUUGUAAAGAUUCUGUGCACGCAGAGGCCCUCGCCAUGUCCUAUCUUCUCAAGAUAGGAGCCCCUUUCAAAAAGCUGCAAGUUUUAUCAGAUUGCGAAGUUGUUAUCAAUAUAAUAAAAGGAUCGAAGCAAGUUGGUCCUUCUGAUAAAAACUAUGACACCUUUAUGCAACUACGGAUUUUGGCAGCGCAAUACGAGGAGCUUAUACCAAGACUGGAAACCAGAGAGAAGCUGAGUUUUUCUGAUAGUCUUUUAAAGAAGAAAUCACAACCAAACUACACGCUUGAGUAUGUGAAAGACAUGUUGGAGAGGUGGGCGCCACCAUUGAGAGGAUCCCCAGUGUUCAUGGUUGGUGACAAUCCGGUGACAGCGAUAAAGAAACUAGCAAGCAAUACGAUUAUCCUUAAUGAGUUUCAAAACAGUUGUUAUUGUGAGGUUGAGAAAGAUACCGAUAAGCUAUCUGCUUUAUUUCACAUAAUAUCAGCUCUUGGGGCCUACGACAUCAACCUGAUUGUCAACGACUUGGAAACAAGGCCUGAGCUGAAACAACAGUUCAUUGAAAUGUUUGGGCCUUGCGAGGUAUCCUGGAAGGUUGGGCGGCGGUACUUCUUGAAAGUACCAAGGCCAGCACUGUAUUCAUAUAUUGAGCCAAAGAUGCGUCUAUUUGUUGUCUUCGAUGCAGCAGACGCAAGGGACUGCUUCAUGGGUGAUGACAAUACAUUUGUGGUGCUGUUGUCAACCCCGAAAGAAAGGGCGCUCAUGAAUGAGCUGAGCAUCGAGUUGUUCAGCCCAAUUAGCUAUGUGUCGUUUCACAGAUACACAAAUGCUAACCAAAAGGGCUCACAAAUCACAGAAGAACAGAAAAAAGAGGAAUCAUCUGGACAUCUGUAG